CCUGGUGAUAAAAGAUGAAAUAUAACUAGUAGCUGCAAAAUGCAACGAGUUAACAAAGAAACCAUGGUAUUUCCUUCACAAGAUACUCUUCUAAUUAUUCUCCUACUCUUAUCUUUCCCUGUGUUCCUCUUCCUCCUUAUCCGCCGCGCCAAAAUCUCGGCCACCAAGCGCCGUCUUCCACCCGGACCACCAGGAUGGCCCAUAUUUGGAAACAUGUUCCAAUUAGGAGAAAUGCCUCAUCGUACACUCACCAACUUAAGACAAAAAUAUGGUCCAGUUUUAUGGCUCAAAAUAGGUGCUGUAAACACUAUGGCAAUACUUUCAGCCAAAGAAGCUACAAUAUUUUUCAAAAACCACGACCACAAUUUUUCAGACCGAACCGUAAUUGAAACCAUGCGUGCCCAUAAUUAUGACAAAUCUUCCUUAGCUUUGGCUCCUUAUGGUCCCUAUUGGCGGCUCAUGCGCCGCCUUGUAACCGUUGAUAUGCUUGUCAUGAAACGCAUAAACGACACAGCUUCCAUACGUCGUAGAUGUGUAAACGACAUGCUCACAUGGAUUGCAAAAGAAGCACGUGAGUUAGAAGCUGGUCGUGGACUUCAUGUGUCACGUUUUGUAUUUUUCAUGAGUUUUAACUUGUUUGGAAAUUUAAUGUUGUCGCGUGAUAUGUUUGAUAUGAAAUCUGAGAGUGGUUCCGAGUUUUUCACUGCGGUUAUGGGGUUGUUGGAAUGGACCGGACAUGCCAAUGUGUCGGAUUUGUUUCCAUGGUUAAGGUGGUUGGAUCCACAAGGUCUAAGGAGAAAAAUGGACAGGGAUAUGGGAAAAGCUAUUGAAAUUGCUUCCACGUUUGUGAAAGAGCGUUUGGAUUUGGAAGUGGAACGUGAUGAGAAAUCAAGAGAUUUCUUGGAUGUCUUGCUUGAGUUCCAAAGAAAUGAGAAUCAAGAUGCAGUCAACAUCUCAGAUAAAGAUCUCAACGUUUUCAUCUUGGAAAUGUUCUUGGCUGGGUCAGAAACAACAAGUAGCACAAUUGAAUGGGCUAUGACAGAACUGUUAUGCAACCGUGAUUGUAUGUUGAAACUCAAAACCGAGCUUAGUUCAGUAAUUGGUACCAAAGAUGUUGAAGAGAGUGACAUAGACAAGCUUCCAUACCUACAAGGUGUUGUCAAAGAAACACUAAGGUUACAUCCUCCAAUUCCACUACUUGUCCCAAGAAAAGCAGUACAAGACACAGAAUUCAUGGGAUACUUCGUACCAAAAGACACACAAGUAUUUGUCAACACAUGGGCAAUUGGAAGAGACCCUGAUGUUUGGGAUGAACCAUUGGUUUUCAAACCUGAGAGAUUUUGUGAUAUCAAUAAUAAGAGUGAUUAUAGAGGACAACAUUAUGAGUUUAUACCAUUUGGUGCUGGUAGAAGAAUGUGUGCUGGUAUACCUUUGGCUCAUAGAAUUCUUCACCUUGUUUUGGGAUCUUUGCUUCAUCGAUUUGAUUGGGAGCUUGAUUGCAAUAUUACACCUUUAACUAUGGAUAUGAAAGAUAGGCUUGGGAUUACCAUGAGGAAGUUUCAACCAUUGCUUGCUGUGCCCAAAUUAGUUGGGUCUUAAGAAAUUAUUUUUAAUGUUUUAUUUGUAUAAAUAAAUAUCAGAAUGCUUAUAAUUUGUACCUAAAAACAAUUGUACAAGCAAAAAUACAUUUGUCAAA